AUCGUCGGCGAUCGACGCGUCUUCGCUCUUCUAUGUGAACUCAUGAUCGCUUCGUCUCUGGCUUGCCUCAACGGCGCCUCCGCUCGCGGGUAGGCACCUAGCCAGGAUGUCUCGCUCUGUCUUCCGACCAGUGCUGGCCAGCGGCACACGCCGCGUCUCGCUUCGUGCAGCUGGUCUCUGGGGCUCCGCUCCCAUCUUGACCCGGCUCGCCGUUGAGUACACGCGAGCGUGGCACGGCACCCUCCGGCGUGACCAGCCGGGUUCUACCUGCCUGGCUCUCACCGUGCCCAAGGCUCGCGCUCUGCAGCUCUGCCACCAUGGCUUGGCCGUGUCUGCCAUCCCAACCCGGUUGCCUAAGCGCAGUGUGGCAGCCUUCGCGACGGUUUCGACGGAACCAGCGCCGGCGACCCCGCCUACCACCCCCUACGCCAGCCUGUGCGUGGGCGUGCCUCGGGAGACGUACCCGAACGAACGCCGGGUUGCCGUGACGCCGCAGAACGUUGCUCUUUUGCUCAAGAAGGGCUUCGCCAAGGUGCUCGUCGAGAGAGGUGCCGGUGCCCAAGCCGACUUUUUGGACGAGGCCUAUGCCACCGCGGGGGCCACCUUGGUCGACGAUGCCGCUGCUAUCUGGAACCAGGCAGACAUUGUGCUCAAGGUCCGAGGCCCCAGCGCCGCUGAGGCCGACAGCGCCCGAGAGGGGCAGACCAUCAUUAGCUUCCUCCAGCCGAUGCAGAACAAGGCGCUGGUGGAGAAGCUCGCCUCUCGAAAAGCGGUUGUGUUCGCCAUGGACAUGAUUCCUCGGAUCUCACGAGCGCAGGUCUUCGAUGCGCUGAGCAGCAUGGCCAACAUUGCCGGCUACAAGGCGGUCCUCGAGGCGUCAAACAACUUCGGCCGGUUCUUGACUGGUCAAGUCACCGCUGCUGGCAAGAUCCCCCCUGGCAAGGUUUUGGUCGUUGGUGCUGGUGUUGCUGGACUGAGCGCAAUCGCCACUGCCCGGAGACUCGGCGCCAUCGUGCGUGGCUUCGAUACCCGGUCGGCUGCCCGCGAGCAGGUCCAAUCGCUUGGUGCUGAGUUCAUCGAGGUCGAGCUGCAGGAAGAAGGCGCCGGCGCCGGCGGCUAUGCCAAGGAGAUGUCCAAAGAGUUCAUCGAGGCCGAGAUGAAGCUGUUCACCGAGCAGGCACGCGAGGUCGACAUCAUCAUCACCACUGCCUUGAUUCCCGGAAAGCCAGCCCCCAAGCUCAUCACCAAGGCCAUGAUCGAGAUCAUGAAGCCAGGGUCCGUGAUCGUUGAUCUUGCCGCCGAGGCUGGUGGCAACUGCGAGAAAACGGAGCCAGGCAAGCUGAUCACCUACAAGGACGUCAAGAUUAUCGGCUACACCGAUCUUCCCUCGAGGCUCCCUACGCAGUCGUCGACGCUGUACUCCAACAACAUCACCAAGUUCCUCCUGUCCAUGGCUCCAAAGGACAAGGAGUUCGGCAUCGAUUUGAGCGACGAGGUCGUGCGCGGCGCAAUCGUCACGCAGAACGGGGAGAUCCUUCCGCCCGCUCCUCGCCCGGCGCCGCCUCCUGCCCCGGCCGCGGCCCCCGCAGCCGCGAAGGAGGCUGAGGUGGUGGCCCUGACGCCCUUCCAGAAGGCCACACGGGAGGUCGCACUGGUGACUGGCGGCAUGGGCUCGGCUCUCGCUUUGGGCAAGCUCACCGGACCGCUCUUCAUGAGCAACGCCUUCACUUUCGCCCUGGCGUCGCUCAUCGGUUACCGCGUCGUGUGGGGCGUCGUCCCUGCGCUGCAUUCGCCGCUCAUGAGCGUCACCAAUGCCAUAUCCGGAAUGGUUGGUGUCGGUGGUCUCUUCAUCCUCGGCGGCGGCUACUUGCCGGAAACCAUCCCGCAGGUGUUUGGUGCCCUGUCGGUUCUCCUUGCCUUCGUGAACGUUUCUGGCGGCUUUGUCAUUACCAAGCGCAUGCUCGACAUGUUCAGGCGCCCGACCGACCCCCCCGAGUAUCCGUGGCUCUAUGCGAUCCCAGGCGUUCUCUUCGGAGGCGGCUUCAUUGCGGCGGCGAGUACCGGUGCCGCCGGUCUUGUUCAGGCCGGCUAUCUCUUGAGCUCAGUGCUCUGCAUCAGCUCGAUUUCCGGGCUGGCCUCUCAGGCAACCGCGCGCAUGGGCAACAUGCUGGGGAUACUUGGCGUGGGAUCUGGCGUCCUUGCCUCGCUCCUGGCCGUCGGUUUCUCCCCUGAGGUCUUGACUCAGUUUGGCGGCCUGGCUGCUAUCGGUAGCAUCCUGGGCUUCUUGAUCGGAAAGCGCAUCACGCCCACCGAUUUGCCCCAGACAGUCGCUGCGCUGCACUCGGUCGUCGGUCUUGCUGCUGUCUUGACCAGUAUCGGCAGCGUCAUGGCCGACUUAGCCCACGUGUCGACGCUUCAUCUUGUCACAGCUUACCUCGGCGUGCUUAUCGGUGGUAUCACCUUCACUGGCUCCAUCGUUGCUUUCCUGAAACUCGCGGGCAAAAUGUCUUCCAGGCCUCUCAUCCUUCCGGGACGGCAUGUCAUCAACUCUGGUCUCCUGGCGACAAACCUUGCCACCAUGGGUGCUUUCGUGACCACGGCACCUGCCUCGCCUCUCAUCGCCGCUGGCGCGCUGGCUGCCAACACUUUCAUGUCCUUCCUGAAAGGCUACACCACGACAGCCGCCAUUGGCGGCGCCGACAUGCCGGUGGUGAUUACCGUCCUGAACGCCUACAGCGGCUUUGCGCUCGUCGCGGAAGGCUUCAUGCUCGACAACCCGCUCCUGACGACAGUCGGCGCGCUCAUCGGCGUAUCCGGCUCGAUCCUCUCGUACAUCAUGUGCGUCGCGAUGAACCGCUCGCUCGUCAACGUUCUCUUCGGCGGUAUUUCGGCCCCGGCCGCGUCCAACCUCAAGAUCGAGGGCAGCGUGACGCAGACCAACGUCGAAGAGACGGCCGAGGCGCUGACCAACGCCGAGUCGGUCAUCAUCGUCGUGGGAUACGGCAUGGCGGUCGCCAAGGCGCAGUACGCCAUCUCGGACAUCACGCGCAUGCUGCGGUCCAAGGGCAUCAAGGUGCGCUUCGCGAUCCACCCGGUGGCCGGGCGCAUGCCCGGGCAGUGCAACGUCCUGCUUGCCGAGGCCAGCGUGCCGUACGAUAUCGUGUUGGAGAUGGACGAGAUCAACGACGACUUCAGCGAGACGGACGUGACGCUCGUGAUCGGCGCGAACGACACGGUCAAUCCGAUCGCGCUGGAGCCGGGCAGCCCGAUCGCGGGCAUGCCGGUCCUGCACGCCUGGAAGAGCAAGCAGGUCGUGGUGAUGAAGCGGAGCUUGGCUAGCGGUUACGCCGAUGUGCCCAACCCGAUGUUUUACAUGCCUGGUACGAGGAUGCUAUUCGGCGAUGCUAGAGUGACGACCGAGGCCAUCAAAGCGGCUAUCGAAGCUCGACUCAAAUAGAAGCUGGAACGGACUGUCUGCGCGUACACCGACUCGUACAUAUCCCGCCAACUCCUAGUUGGAUCUCCUCGCUAGAGCAGGGACACGUUGCAUACAUC